AUGCGGGGCGGGGGUCUCCGCACUUCAAAUAUUCUCUCCUAUUUGGUGAUUAAAAUUGCUCGCGGUACGGCCGCCGGGGUAAGGAAAAGUGGGGAGCGGAUGCUGAAAGUCCGCCCGCCCGCCUGGAUUUCCCAAGAAUCCGUGGCGGAGAAACCAGAAGCUAGGUGGGCAGCGGAGGCGGCGGCGACGCUCCUCGGAGCCGAGCACCGGGCACCCCGCCCUUGCCGCUCACCUGGGGUGACUCCGGGCUGCUCCGUUCGAGUUUGUUUGCGCGCCGGGCUGGGACAGGCCCUGUGCAGGGAGAAGAGAGGGAAGGAACUGGGAGAGGGAGGGGCGGCCGCUGGUGGGAACGCGGCUUUGGCAGGGAAGCGGGGCAGGACCGCCGCGUUCCCCUUGAUUUGCACCGUCACUAGGGCUGUCUGCAAGGAAGAGGGGAGGCGCUGUGUGCUCCGUGUACCUGGGUCGGUGCACAAGUGUGCAGAUCCGUUUGAUAAAUGGUGGGGGCAGAGAGUUUGCGGAGCCAGGAACCAGUCUGUACCCGCGUGGAGGGCGGGGGCCCGCGCAGAGCCGGAAUCGAUGGGAUUUCUCUGGCUGGUUUCCCCCACACCCCCCAGUGAGUAUCAGAAUAAAUCUAGCUCCAAGUCAUUCGGCAGGGAACGGCUCCUGAUUCCCGCCAGCAGACACACGGGCUCAGCGCGCGACGCGAGGUGGCUCCUGGCGCUCGCGCCGCGGCUGGUCGGACCUCUGCGGGAGGCUGGAUUCAGCGUCCACCGCCAACAGGCCCCUUGCUUCGCUGCCACCGACAGACCCACUCCGCCGGUGAGCCGGGACCCGCCCGCCUGAGUCCGCCCACAGCGAAAACUGAAAGCACAUUUCGCAGCAGACGAAGCCCGAACUUUCUUCCAUGCAAGUUUGCCACGUAGAUUCGGAGGUGGCGUGGGGGAGAGAAGCGCGCUGGUGUGUGUGUGCGCGCUCACGAGGUGGGCGAGGCGGGAAGAGGGCAUCUGGUGGGCAGGGUCUGACCCAGGACUCACUAGGGAAGGGGCCUGCCCUUUCUAAUGCUUGGCAACUUCUCGGUCCCUGGCCGUAAAGACAGUUUUCCAGGGGCUUCGGAGGACCGGGACAGGCGCGCGGGGAUCGCACCAGGGAGGCGGCGGCUUUGUAAAAGUUGCAGAAAGCUGUGCCUAGAAACGUCCGCCCAAAGAGGCUCAAGAAAGCCUGGGACCCAUUCGCCUCUCCCGGACCCAAAUUGCCAGAAAUCGGCCCGGGGAGCCUAUUGGCAGGGGGAGCCUAUUACGCAUUCCUCCCCGCUCGCCUCGAACCAGCACAUUCAGUAAGCACCGGCCGCAGGCCCUGAAAACUUCCCCGGGUGGCGUCCCGCUCGGCGGGCGAGGUCGGGACUGGCCGCAAACAAGAGGCUGGGAUGGAGGUGAGACGACUAGUGUGGCUCCUCAGGUUCCCACCGGCUGCCCAGCCCUUCACCGCCAGGCUCCGCACUCCAGGGAGCCAGCCCCAGGGAGCCGCAGUCUUGGGGGGUCCUGCUGCGCAAAGUGCGUGCGCGGGGCAGGGGCGGGAGGGGGAAGCGCAGCCGCGGGGUCUCUCCGAGGGGCCUGUCGCCGGGGCCGGCCGCGGCGGGUGAGUGAUGAGGGCAGAGAAGGGCGCCCAUAAAUCGCGGGUGUCAGGGCGAAAAACUCUCUUUAUUGUCUGCGUGAUGGAUGGGCCCGGGGACGAGACACCAAAUACUUCGUAUCGCCUUUAAAUGGGAACACAUUUUCCGCGGCCAUAAUUCAUGUUUUUUAAAUAGAAAGUUUGAAAUGUUGCCUAUAUUUCACCGGCCCUGACAUAUUUAUGAAUCGCUCCCUGCAUGCAAAUAUCAUUAUUUAAAGCACCAGGGAGAGCUGGGAGGGGAGGAGGGGGCGCAGCUCCCAGGACAGGGGUGGGGAAUGGUGAAUCCGGGGAAGCACCAAAGGUGGACUCGGGGUGUGGGGGUGGGCAUGUCCCUAAGGCACGGACAAUGAGACGCGAAAGCAAGCUAUACCCCAAAGCCUAGCGCACCCUCCCGCCGCCUCACCCCGAAAGCCGCCCUAGGAAGUUUGCGAGACUUGGGACGGAGGACAGGUCCCUGCCCGCUGUUGAGAAACGAGGGGGGCACUUUGUUUCCCUCUCUGAGGAUAUCCCGAUCACAGCCGA